GGUGUUUAAUACUCAAUACGCCUAAACUAGGUAGUAUAGAGGUACCUAGGUAUCUUUACUAUAAUGUCUACUUCUAUGAUUGAAGAGUGGGACUAUGUCAUAGUAGGUGCUGGAUUCCAUGGACUUGCCGUAGCGAAACAAUUACAUUGUACACAGCCUGACAGUACCCUGUUGAUACUUGAAGGCCAAUCUACCCUGGGCGGGAAAUGGGCCAAGAAUAGGCUGUUCCCAGGUAUAAAGAGUAAUAAUCUCUUAGGGACAUACGAAUACCCCGACUUUCCCAUGACUGCUGAUAAAUUCGGCGUCAAGCCGGGCGAGCACAUUCCUGGGGAAGUAGUUUACACUUACCUCAAAACGUAUGCCGAAGAAUUUGGCAUCAUUGAUUUCGUCAGACUUGAAACCACGGUCCUUACUGCGGAACACCAAGACACAGCAGAAGGCGGGUGGAUCUUAACGAUCAAGCGACGUAACCAACAGCAAACGAUCAAACUUCUUGCCCGUAAGCUUGUUAUUGCUACUGGAUUCUUGUCGGAACCUUUCAUGCCGAAAUUCAACGGACAGGACAAAUUUGACGGGAAGAUAUUUCACAGUAAGGACUUCCCGAAAAACUUGGAUACGCUGAAAGCAAAGACCGUCACUGUCUUCGGGGCUGGAAAGUCUGGAUGGGAUGCCGUAUACCAAUAUGCCCUUGCUGGCGUCAAAGUAAAUUGGGUCAUCCGGUCCAGCGGACACGGCCCUGUCUGGAUGGCGCCCCCAUAUGUAACGCCGUUUAAGAAGUGGAUCGAGAAACUUGCGAACAUCCGCUUUCUUACCUGGUUCAGCCCGUGUAUCUGGGGUGACGCUGACGGUUAUUGGGGUAUCCGUUAUUUAUAUCAUCAGACCGCGAUUGGCCGCUUCCUAGUAGAUCGCUUUUGGAAUAUACUCGGCCAGGAUGUCAUUACGCUGAAUAAACUCGACUCUCACCCGGAUACAGCCAAAUUGAAGCCUUGGCUUAAUGUCAUGUUCACGGGAUGCAGUUAUAGCAUUCUCAACUACGAGCAGGACUUCUUCGAGCUCGUUAGGAGUGACAAGGUCAAUAUCCAUAUCGGGGAAAUCGACCAUCUCAGCCCGGGGAAAGUUCGCCUUGCUGAUGGUACCGAGUUUGAAUCCGAGGUAUUUCUAGCGAAUACGGGCUGGACCCAUGUUCCACCUAUUAAGUUCCUCCCGGAGGGGAUCGAAAGGGAACUUGGAGUUCCUCAUGAAGUUGCAGAAAACGCGCCCGUAAAAGACCUGGCAAAUAACCGUACACUUCUGGGAAGGGCUGAUAAGGAAAUUCUGGAACGGUUCCCGAGACUCAAAUUACAGCCAGUAUGGAAGAGGAAUUUCGGUCCCCUUAUAGACCAGAAAGGAAUUAGCAUCGAUGAAAGAUAUCGUACACCCAUGACGCCAUAUAUGCUAUACCGCUUCCUUGUCCCCGCGUCCCCUCGUUUCCUACGGCCUCGAGAUAUAGCAUUUAUAGGCUGCCAGACCAACUUCAGUAACACCACCUCUGCUCACAUCACAGGGCUCUGGAUCAGCGCCUACUUUUUAGGAAAACUGACAAGGGAUCCUUCGAAGGCCAUCGACGAUAAGGGGGAGAUAGAUAAGUUACAAUACGAGACCGUGCUGCACAAUAGAUUUGGAAAGUGGCGGUAUCCCACCGACUGGGGGAAUAAAGGCCCGAAUUUCAUCUUCGAUGCCGUCCCUUAUUUUGAUCUACUCCAGCGGGACCUCGGACUGAAUCCGUUUAGGAAAGGUAAUGCUCUUAUGGAGAUAUAUGAUCCGUAUGGGCCGGAGGAUUAUCGUUAUAUCAAUGAAGAGUGGCUGGAAAAGCAAGCCUAA